CCAAAUAUAACACAAUCGCUAUGCCAUUACCACUAAUACUGGAUAAAUAUAUUGUCAAAACUAGUGAAAAAUUAAAUAAAAAUAAUACGAAAAAAUGUCCAAAUUUUGCUACUGAAACAACACCUGAAGAGAGGAAAAAUGUUUUUAAACUAAUUAAUACCCCUACGGAAGAAACAACUGAAACUACAUCUUUGAGUUCACGUUCUUCGGCUUCAAAAAUUAUUCGAUCAUCAUUUUCUGGACCAAUGGAUGAUUAUAUAGUUAGAGCUCUGUCACCUGAGGAUACAAAAAAGUUUCAUCAACUUCUUUUACAGCUUACAGUUUCUUGCGGAUGGGCACUGCAUUGGGUAAAUAAACCUGAGGCAGCUGAAUUGUUUGAAUUUCUUAACCCACUUCUUAAACUUCCGGACCGACGUUUGAAAGAUGAACAAUAUGCUAAAUAUAAGAAGUAUUAUACAAUUAAUGAUCCUGGAGAAACACAGUGGAACAGCUUUUAUAAUAUUUGUUCAAGCCUUAUACGGUCACAAAAAGCACUACAGAUUCUUGCUAUUAAGUUCGAACCACCCAUUAGAGAAACGUUACGUGCUAGAGCAGAACCAAAAUUAAAACCUUUACAAAUGAGCAAGUUACGUGCGGAUAUUAUGUAUAAUCAUCGGCUUCAAUCACAAAAUCAAAUAUAUGCAUAUGAUGAUAUUCCCGAGCAGCAACCUAAUAUAAUUGAAAUGGAUUCUGUUGAACAAACCAACCCUAAUAUUGAAAUGUCAACUUUAAUCAGCAGAGAUAAUUCUUUUUCUGAAGAUGUGGAAUUAAAUAUAUCAUCAGAAAAUAUAUUAUCAGAAAAUAUAUUUUCGGAAAAUAUAUCUUCAGAAAAUAUAGAACUAGAAGAAUCUUCAGACGAUGAAUUAGAUGAACUUACAAGUACUCAAGGGCGUGAGAAUACGAACUAG